AUGGGUUUCUCCAUCCCCGGCGUCACCGGUGUCACCAUCACCGGGGUCUCCAUCACUGGGGUCACCAUCACUGGGGUCACCAUCGUCACUGGGGUCUCCAUCACCGGUGUCACCAUCACCGGGGUCUCCAUCAUGGGUUUCUCCAUCCCCGGUGUUACCAUCGUCACUGGUGUCACCAUCAUGGGUGUCUCCAUCCCCGGUGUCACCGGCGUCACCAUUGUUGCUGGUUUCACCAUCACCAGGGUCUCCAUCACCGGCGUCACCAUCACUGGGGUCACCAUCAUGGGUUUCUCCAUCCCUGGUGUCACCAGCGUCAUUGGUGACGCCAUCACUGGGGUUUCCACCACCGUGGUCUCCAUCACUGCGGCAUCAUCGCUGGUGUUACCAUCGUCACCGGCUUCCCCAUCACUGGGGUCUCCAUCACUGGGGUCUCAAUCACUGGUGUCACCAUCACCGGCGUCACCAUCACUGGCGUCACCAUCGUCACUGGUGUCACCAUCACCAGGGUCUCCACCACUGGUGUCUCCAUCCCUGGUGUCAUCAUCGUCACUGGUGUCCCCACCCCUGGCGUCCCCGUCACCGGCAUCGCCAUCACUGGUGUCUCCACCACUGGCGUCUCCAACACUGAUGUUGCUGUCACUGGUGUCACCACUGUCACCGGUAUGGCCACCACUGGUUUCUCCAUCAUCACCGGUGUCGCCAUCGCUGGUGUCACCAUCAUCGUCACCGGUGUUGUCAUCACCGGUGUCUCCAUCACUGGUGUCAUCAUCACUGGUGUCAUCAUCACUGGUGUCCCCAUCACUGGCG